GCCACAAAAUUUGUUACCCAAAUUUCCCAUUUCUCCCUUUUUUGUUACCCGCUCAUUACUCCCUCUUCUUCUCAUCUUCGUCGCUCCCUAAAUCCCCCAAAUAACUCUCAAAAUUUGCCCCCAAAUUUCCCAUUUCCUGCAACACAAGUCAAUACACCUACACCAAUCACACUUCUUUUUCCUUUUCAUUUCUUCAAAGGUAGUAGUAGAAAGGGGAGUUCUAGGAAAUCUGGUCGAGAUUCGGCUGAGAAGAAAGAGCCAAUGCUUAUGCUAGGGUUUUGUUGAUUGUUUGAUUUUUAUUGUUUUGUUUAUGUGCUCGUUUUUUGUUUGGGAUUUCGCUUUCUGAUAGACCUAAAUGGAAGCAGUUUCUCAUUUGCUCUUCUGGGUUCUUCUUUGGUUGCCUUGUCAAUGGCAUUUCCGAGGAAUAUGUAUACAAUAGACUCCAGUUCAGCUAUGGCUGGUACUUCACAUUUGUCCAAGGGUUCGUCUACCUUUUUCUGAUUUACCUUCAAGGUUUCAGUCCGAAGAAAAUGGUGAACCCAUGGAAGACUUAUGUGAAACUCCCUGCUGUUCUCAUGGGCUCUCACGACCUCACAAAAGGAUCUUUAGCUUUCUUCAAUUACCCAGCACAGCUCAUGUUUAAAUCCACCAAAGUUCUUCCAGUGAUAGUAAUGGGUGCCUUCAUACUUGGUUUGAGACGAAAAUACCCAGCACACGAAUAUGUUUCUGCAAUACUUUUAGUACUGGGUUUGAUCCUUUUCACCUUAGCUGAUGCACAAACUUCACCAAGCUUCAGUGUAAUUGGUGUAAUAAUGGUGAUUGGUGCUCUUGUAAUGGAUUCUUUUCUGGGUAAUUUGCAAGAAGUUAUCUUCAACAUGAACCUUGAAACAACACAGAUGGAAAUGCUGUUUUGCUCCACCGUCGUUGGUUUGCCAUUUUUGAUCCCACCCAUGGUUUUAACAGGAGAAGUAUUCGAAACAUGGAAUUCGUGUUCUGACGCUAGACUCAGAGAGGCAGCAUCACUGGAGAAACAUGUCCUUUUAAAGAAGCUUAGAGAUGCACUCGAAUCUUUAAAAGGACACGUAGCUGGAAGAAACAAGGAUGAUGUAGAGGAAGCUAUUGCCAUGGUUAAUGUUUUAUGUUUUGCAGUUUUAUCAUUGAAUUAUGAUCUAUCAAUGAUAUGCCAGUCCUAUUUAUUAUAAUUUUGAAAGUUAAAUGCUAAUAUUUAAAAUGCAUUACUACUUUUUAGUAUUUGCUAUUAGUUUUGGUGUGUAGGAAAUAAUGUUCAUGGUGAAAUAUUAGGGAAAAAAUGCUGUAACUUUAAGGGUGUGAUUGUUGAUUUGUUGUUUCAGUUGAAAUUGCUAGGUUCAAUGAUGCUAAUAUCAUUCAUCUUAACAUUUUCCAAA